AUGUCGGAAGCCGGCCCAUCUAAAACGGAAAAUCCUUUCAAAUCUGGCAGUGAAAGUGAUCAAUCUGAAGCACAGAGCGAUCAUAGCCGAAGCCCAAGCGACCACAAGCCUCCUUCUGCUGCUCCAGCAUCCAAGGAGGAACCUGAACGGGAGACCAAAGAGGGAGACGGGGAGAAGAAGAAGAACAAGAAAGGACACUUUAAGAAGUUUUGGAAAUGGUACACCAUUGGGGUUGUGCUGGGACUGGCUAUUAUUUUGCCCCUCUUCUUCAAAGUUUUCAUACCACUCAUCAUCGCCCGCUUCAUCAACUCUCGCGACAUCAUAGUACAACACGCUUCCGUCUUCAUCAGGAACUCGAGGGAGAUUGACUUUGCUGCCAAUGCCUCCGUCCUGUCGCCGCUGGGCGCCAGGGUCGGCGACCUCGAGUUCACCCUCCACGACACCACCCAAGAUCAGCCGCCAACCGUGCUCAGCGCGGACAUUAAGGGUUUCCCGAUUGACAAAUCUACAAAGAUUGAUAUCCGGAAAGGGACACUGCAUAUCAAUGACUCGGACGCGCUUGUGAACUGGGCUGAUCGCUUCAUCGACAGCGAGACGAUCCCGUUUGACGUGCGUGUCAAGGGUCUCGAUGUCUUCCUCGGCAGCCUCAGCUACAGCUUCAACCUCGCACGACCUAUCAGCAUCAACGGCCUUCGCGGGCUCGCCGACAUUACAGUGAAUGAGGUCAAGCUCCUGUUGCCGCCUGUCGACAACAAGAACGUCCAAGCAAACAUUAGCUUUUCCAACCCGAGCUCCAUUAGCGCGCAGGUUGGCAACGUGACGGUCGAAUUGCUCGUCAACGACAUUAGCAUCGGCCAGGCGCUGGCGUAUAAUGUCAGUCUGGUGCCGGGGGCCACCAAUGUUUUCAUUGACGGCCUCGUGAACAUUCCGACCAUCAUCAACAACCUCGGCACCAUCCUGCGCGGCCAGGCAUCGCAGUUGUCUGCUGGACACGUUACAAUCCAGCUGAAAGUCACUAGUUUUACAAUGUACGGAGAGAAGAUUGAUUUUUUGAAGACGCUACUUAGCAAAAGGGUGCUGAACGGCAAGGUACCGCUCGUCGCGCUGAUCAAUGGGGCCGGCACAAGCAUACUCAAAAGUGGCUUGGUGGGCAUAGGCAUGGCUAACGGAACUUCUAUGGGCGACGUCAAUUUACUUGAUGCGAUUGGGGAUGUGUUUUCGAACGCGACUCUGCUGGACAGGAUCCAAGGUCAUUGGCAAAAACGACGUGCAAGGCGCUGA